AUGCAUAAUUCCGUUAGAAUUAUACAAAACGUUUGUAGUUUCACUUCAGUGUUUUUGAGACGAAGUUCAAACGCAGCCGUUGUUACAGUUCGACCUCAAUUAUCAGACAAGCAGCGUAGAACAAUCGAUUCAUGUUGCACUGUUGAAGUUACAGCUGAUCGGCUAAGUUAUGCAUUUCUACGCCUUGAUCUUGAAGAUAGAAAUUCAGUCAUACUUUCCAGUUGGAAUAGUUUACCGCUUAACUUACCAUCCGGAAAAGAAUUCCGACCAUCUGUCUGUUCUUCCACGUUUAAAUCUGUUGCUCAACUAUUAUUGAAUGAUAUUUGCUCACCUGAGAAUUCGACCAGUAGUCAAAGUGCUCUAGUGUAUGUCUCCUCCAAAUUGUCGUCUUCUUCAUUGAUACGUGCUGGCUUUAUGGGAUACCUUAUUGGAUGUUUAUGUACAGAAGUGUCAUCUUUAUCUUAUUUUCCUGUUUUUACUAUGAAUUACUCAUAUCGGAAAAGUAUACUUUCAUCAUGGAAAUCUAAUUUUUUGAAGAAGCAUAGUUCAGAAAGCAUAACUAAUGAUAUUAUUGAAGAUAUAUUCAUGUUAUUGCCAAAACUGUCAACAAGGCAUACUACUACUACUAAUAAUAAUCAUGAUAAUAAUUAUAAGUUGGAUUAUUGCCGUAUAUUCAAUGUAGAUGACAAUACAAUGAAUUCGAAUGCACGUGUACUCCAUGAUAAUGAUGAAGGAAUUAGUUACAACCAACUUAGUCUGGUUAAUGUUCUCGUAGAUGGAUAUGCUUUUUUGGUUCAUGGAGUAAUGGUCUGCUCAAUUUGUUUCUUAAAGAAAAAGGCGUUUCAUUGUUGUAAUAUUCUGAAGGAACAAAUUCUAUCCGAUCACAAUGUUCCACUAAAUAUGGAUGUUAUUCUACGACCUGUUGUCCCAUCAUCCUGUUUUACAACGACAGCAGUGACAACAGGAAAAUAUCCCAAAGACAAUUUAAUUAUGCAUCAGGCUGUAGUAACAGGUUACCUGUUGGCCUUUUUAUCUAAUCUUACAGACGAUGAAUUUCAUCAAAACUGUCAAGCUUCCAUUUCAGUUAAGUGUCCGACAGUAGAGACUUUAGUCAACUGGACAAAUCAGUCAACUAGUCAUUGGGUACAGUAUCUUAAUCAGCUGUUUUCGUUGUCGUUUAAAAAUGAUCAAUUUGUAACUUUUAACCUUUUGCCUAAAUCAUCUAAGCACUUAUGUGUGGUGAAGAAUUCAAAAAUAAUGCCUGUACAGGAGGAAAUCAAUAUGCGCUUACAGUCUGAACAGUUACUUUCUGUAUUUAGGGCUUCAAAUAUAACAAAACGUAAAGAUGCGACUACUAUGCAGUUUUUGUUAGCUCGAUGUUUAUUCACAUGUAUGUAUCAUUUAUUCCAUGAUAAUUAUUCAAGGAUAGUUUAAAGUUGUGAUUUUUUUUAUUCAUUGGUUUUUGGAUUUUUUUCGAUUCC